AUGAAUACCUCAUCCUUGAUCACGAUCGGUCUCGCGAUCUCGUUCGUGUUCAUGUUCUGGACCCUGUCUUCGACCACGUCGUCGCCAUUUGCUGGGGCCUUCCCUCGCAUCUACAACAAACGGAUCUGCUUACUGAUUGCUCAUCCCGAUGAUGAAGCCAUGUUCUUUGCGCCUACCGUCCUGGCCCUCACCAAGCCGGAGUACGGCAAUCAUCUCAAGAUUCUCUGUCUUAGUACCGGCGACGCAGACGGGCUCGGACACAUCCGCAAGAAAGAACUCGUGAAGAGCGCUCUACAACUCGGCCUGCGCAGCGAAUCGGACGUCUACGUCGUGGACGACCCCACUCGAUUCCCCGACAGCAUGAGCGCGCACUGGACGGAGAACGACGUCGCCUCGCUCCUUGCGUCGGCGUUCGCGCCGGAACCGUCGAAGAAGUCAGGAGGCGCGGCCCCGACCGCGACCAUCGACGUGCUCGUAACGUUCGACCAGGGCGGCAUCAGCAAUCACCCGAACCAUCGAUCCCUGUACCACGGGGCUCUGCACUUCCUCCGCGCGCUGGUCAAGGGCAAGUCCGGGUACAGUUGCCCGGUCACCCUCUACACGCUGACGACGACCAACCUCGUGCGCAAGUACGCCGGCGUGCUCGAUGCGCCCUUCACCAUGGUCCGGGGCGCCUUGAGCUCGAUCAUGUCGGGCUCCGGGGCCCGCGGCUCCAGGGAUCAGCUCCCUUCUCGGCUUCUGUUCGUGAGCUCCGUCAAUGAGUGGUUGACGGCCCAGUCCGCUAUGGUCAAGGCCCAUCAGAGUCAGAUGGUGUGGUUCCGUUGGGGUUGGAUUACGAUCGGACGCUAUAUGGCGGUAAAUGAUCUACGGCGAGAGGAGAUCUGA